AUGGUGAAAGUGACCAAAUUGAUCUUGGGGUGACGGCCCCACCUUGCAAAGAACUAUAUAAACUGUACGGCUACAACAAAGAUCACACAAGUUCAUUCUUACUUGUACAUACAACCAACAUGUCACUUAAAUUUUUAAUUGUCGCCACUUUGGUGUCCAUUGCUCAAGCUGGAGCUCCCCUUGGCUAUGCCGCUCAUGGAUACGCAGCUGCACCAGCAGUAGCUUACAGUUAUGCACCAGCAGUAGCUAAAAUUGCCGCUCCUGCGCUUUCUUACGCUCACGCUCCCGCUGUUUCUUAUGCCGCUACUCCUGCCGUGAGUUACGCCGCUCCUGCCGUCAGCUACGCCGCUCCCGCCGUCAGCUACGCAGCUCCAGCAAUCACCAAAGUAGCCGCACCCGCAGCUUACUCGUAUGCUGCCCCUGCAGCUUACUCGUAUGCCGCCCCUGCAGCUUACUCGUACGCCGCCCCAGCAAUCGCUAAAGUCGCUGCCCCAGUAGCCUACGCUGCUCCUGCGAUCGCCAAAGUUGCCGCACCCAUCGCAUACGCCGCCCCUAUUGCAAAAACUAUCGUUGCGGAACCUGUCGCACCAGCUAACUAUGAAUUCGGUUACGCCGUCAACGACCCCCAUACUGGUGACUCAAAAAGCCAACAAGAAGUACGUCACGGUGACAGUGUAGAAGGCAGCUAUUCGCUCAUCGAUUCCGAUGGAACAAAACGUACCGUUCACUACACCGCCGAUGCCCACAACGGUUUCAACGCCGUGGUUUCAAAGGAACCCCUUGCCGUUAAGGCCGUCGCUCCCGCAGUUGCAGUUGCUCCAGCUGUAGCUAAAAUUGCGGCACCAGCUAUCAGUUACGCCGCUCCAGCAAUUGCCAAGUACGCAGCUCCAGUUGCGUAUGCCGCUCCAGCCUACGCUAAGGUUGCAGCUCCAGUUGCAUAUGCCGCCCCUGCUUUAUCUUAUGGUGCCCCCAUUGCCAAACUUGGCCACGGUUACUAUUAA